AUGGCAGAGAUAGAGGAAAUCCGCAGGGAACGCAGUGGCCACAACCCCGCCCAACGUCCUGGAAGAUGGCGUGAUCAGCCGCGCCGCAGAGAGCUCUCACUCUGCCUGCUGCUGCUGCUGCUGCUGCUUCCACUGCUGCUGUGCUCCCCGGCGGCUACACCAGAGCCCUGCGAACUGGACGAUGAAGAUUACCGCUGCGCCUGUAACUUCUCGGAUCCGCAGCCCGACUGGUCCAGUGGAAUCCAGUGUAUGGCUGCUGUUGAGGUGGAGAUCCGUGGGGGCGGCCGCAGCCUAGACCAGUUUUUGAAGAGCGCUGAUAUUAACCCGCGGCAGUAUGUUGACAUGGUCAAGGCUCUGCGCGUGCGGCGGCUCACGGUGGGCGCUGCCCGGGUUCCUGCCCGGCUGCUGUUCGCAGUUCUGCGUGUUCUCGGUUACUCCCGCCUCCAGGAAUUAACCCUCGAGGACCUCGAGGUAACUGGCUUGUUUCCGUCGCCUUGUCUGGAAGCUGCGGGGCCUGCGCUCUCCACUCUCCGCCUCCGCAACGUGUCGUGGGCCACAGGUGGUGCCUGGCUGGCCGAGCUGCAGCAGUGUCUCAAGCCGAACCUCAAAGUACUGACUAUUGCGCAAGCACACCCGCUUGCCUUUUCCUGCGAGCAGCUCCGCACUUUCCCGACUCUCACUACUCUAGACUUGUCCGACAACCCUGCACUGGGCGAGCGCGGGCUGGCGGCGGCUCUCUGUCCUCACAAAUUCCCGGCCCUCCAGGAUCUGGGGCUGCGCAACACGGGCAUAGAGACACCUACCGGCGUGUGCUCUGCGCUGACCGCUGCUGCUAUUCAGCCCCACCUCCUAGACCUCAGCCAGAACGCCCUGCGCCCCUUCGCGAACCCUGACGCCCCUGGGUGCGUCUGGCCCAGCUCACUGACCUCUCUCAACCUGUCAUUCGCUGGGCUGGAGCAGGUGCCCAAGGGACUGCCUGCCAAGCUCAGCGUGCUGGAUCUCAGCUGCAAUCGGCUGAAUAGGGCGCCACGACCAGAUGAGCUGCCCCAGGUGGAAAAGCUGACACUGGACGGAAAUCCCUUCCUGGACCCUGAAGCCCCCAAACCCCACGAGGAUACAAUGAAAUCCAAUGUGGAUCGAGCCUAUGUGAACUUGCUCCUGGCCAUAGGACUAUCAGGACCCCUGACACUGCUCCCAGUGGUCAGAGGAUUCGCCUAG